AUGGACACCCUGAGGAACCGGACAGUGGAGGAGCUCCAGGAGCUGCAGGAAAAUGCAGAGGAGAUCGAGCGCCUGGCCCUGGAGUCCCAGGAGGUUCAGGAGCUGCAGCUGGAAAGGGAGAUGGCACUGGCUGCCAACCGGAGCUUGGCCGAGCAGAACCUGAAGUUCCAGGCGCCGCUGGAGACGGGGCGCACCGACCUCUCUAACAAAUACGAAGAGCUGCAGAAGCUGGCUGAGCGGUGUAAAGAGCAAAAGGCAAAACUGGAGAAAUUUUCAGCAGCAAUGCACCCUCAGACCUUGCUGGAUCUCCUGCAGGUGGAAAGCCAGAAAAUCGAAGAGGAGUCUGAGAAAAUGGCCGAGAAGUUCCUGGAGGGCGAGGUGCCCCUGGAGACAUUUCUCGAGCAGUUUUCCGUGAUGAGGAAGUUGUCACACUUGCGCCGGGUCAGAGUUGAAAAGCUGCAGGAGAUACUGAGGAAGUCGGAAGCGUCGCAGGAGCCCGGCAGGGACUCUCAGCAGCAGCUGCCUCCUCGUGUACCUGGGCCCGCAGACCCGCCGAAGCCACAGCCCUUCCCUGCAGGGGCUCCUUCCUUCCCUUUGCCCUACAGCCCAGCCCCGAGCAUGCCAGUUGGCCCCACAGCCCAUGGAGCUCUCCCUCCUGCUCCUUUCUCUGGCUCCCCGGUCACCGUGGGAAACGUCGCUUCCUCUCAGCCGAGCACCCAGCCCUCAUUUCCUUAUACACCUCCUCCGGGUCCGGGAUACCCGCCAGUGCAGGCUGCUGACUCCACGCAGGGGUAUCCCAAACCCCCCUUGGGAGGCUCGUCUUCGGUGUCAGGCUACUCCUGGUCUCCGUCCAGGGGUCCACCUCAGCCCCCACCGUUUCCUGGCUCUCAUGCCUCUCCUCCGCCACCCAGACCCGGGUACCCUCCCUACUUCCCCCCUGGGGCAGGGAGACCGCAGUGCCCCUACCCAACCCAGCCCCCUCUCCCUAGUUUCCCAAUCCCCUCGCAGUCUCCCUAUCCUCCUGGACCACCCCCACCCUUUGGGUACCCCCCACCUCCAAACCCUCCUCGCCCUGCUUGGCCUGGCUACUAA